AUGUUUUCACUUGUAGUCACAGUAACCAUUGCCAUUGUUAUCUCCAGUGACAGGUUUCUGUUCACACAUGGAUCACAGCAGGCGACGCCCGGACAGUUUACCUAUCAGGCCUUCCUUCGCAAGGGGGGCGACCAGUUUGUCUGCAGUGCUGUGAUAAUUCAAUGCCAGUUCCUUUUGACAGCAGCUCAUUGCACCGUCGGAGAAGAUCCACACGAAUUCCAGGUCAUCGUGGGAACAAUCUUCUCGACUGGCAAUAAUGGAACGGCCUACAAGGUGGCUCGAUUUAUCGAACACGACAGAUACAAUGCAUCAACGAACGAGUUUGACAUGGCGCUGAUCAAAACAUCUGCAAUCAUCGAUUUCAACAGUUUCGUUCUCCCAGCUCCCAUGAAUCAUUACAUUAAUUAUGAAUGGUUUCCGAACGUCACCGUAUCCGGAUGGGAAAUGCUAAAUUGUUCGGUAGCAGAAAAACUGCAAUACACCGAAAUGAAAGUUAACUUGUUGACUGAGUCAACAGCACAUCAGCACUACGGUAACUACCUGCAAACCACCGGAAGCUCAUGUCCAAUUGUUUCGAACGGUGAGCCACUGGUGAACAAUGGAUUUCUGAUUGGGGUUGCUGGAGGAUUGCCGUGUUCAAUUUAUAACACCACGUUGUUUGCUGAUGUUAGUGCCACUGCUCAUGCAGCAUGGAUCAUUAACGCUAUGAACAUACCACUGAAAAUUUAUUCUGCAAUUAUUCAGCGAGGUAUCCACAAAUGCUGCGACCCUUGCCCCACACAGCGAUCGUCUGUGUAA